AUGUCAAAUGCUCGUGAAAUAGACCUUCUUAAUGCAGCAUUCACAGCUAUGAUGCCGGGCUACACUUUUGUGACAGAAAAAGAAUAUCGCGAAAGACAAAAUUCACUUAUUAGGCUAGAAGAACAAAACUCACUUCUUAGACUAGAGGAACAAAACUCAUUUAUUAUAUUAGGAUGCACUGUUUUUCAACCUGUUGACUUGUAUGCAUUUCACCAAUGCAUACUUGCUGGUGGUUAUGUCGAUAAUGGGAUUGACAAAGAGAACGAAUUAUCAAUGACACCAAAAUCAUUCGGCAUACUGACUCUUAGUAAUAAUGUUACCAUACAAAUAUUUGUGAAAAUGCUUGAUGGCAGGAGAAAAACACUUAUCGACUAUGAUAUUACUAGAGGAUGUACAUUACAUUUAACCUUAAACCUUUAUGGUGGUGGAAAUAUUAUAAGUUAUUUGAGUACAAAUUUUUUAGCUCCGAAGUACAAUUUCGAUUUUACAAAUAUUGAUGAUAAAGACCAAGUAUAUACUCGUGGAGGAGUUCAGUAUCAAAGACCAUGUGGAUGGCAACGCUUUGCUUUAAGAGUUACUGGAAAAUAUGAUAAUGAUAAUUAUGGAUGGCUUGGUACAGAUGCAAAUGCUUGGCCGGUAUCUUAUCAUGGUACUAGUAAAAAUAACUCGAAAUCAAUUGCUGAACAAGGAUAUUUAUUGAGUAAAGGGAGACGAUUUAAGCAUGGAUAUGGUAUUUAUUCAACACCUGAAAUUAAUAUCGCUAAAUUAUAUGCUAAAAAAUUUGAAUUUUGUGGAGAUAAUUUUUUGGUAGUGAUACAGAAUCGAGUGAAUCCCAAGGAUUUGCAGAAAAUUCCGAAAGAUAUAACUCAAGUCGGUGAAUAUUGGAUUUCCGAGAAAGGCGAAGAUAUUAGGCCAUAUGGAAUUUGUAUUAAAAAAUUAUUGUAA